GUUAUUCUGCGUUUGCUUCUGGAGCCAUACACUGCAUUUCCCCAAAUGCUUCGUGCGGCAGCCCAGCUGAGUGAGACGCAGCUGGUCUCGAGGCACAGAUGUGGGCUCAUCCCAGAAGAGAGCCCAGGAAGAAAAGCAGCCAGGCCCAAGAAACCCGGAGCAAAGGCUUGCAGUGAAACUGAGCUGGAGAAUGUUGUCCCCGAAAACAAGUCUUACACUUGCAGACGAAGACCUCGUACACCUGUUCUCCUCUGCCAAAGCUAAUCUGACGAUAGGGAGCCCGACGCUGACAAUUCCGUGUUGCCUCCUUGACGAUUCGUGUCAGCCGCGGGGACCAGGCUCUAGAGCCCGAAACUCAGCCUUGCGUCUCCGGGAGGCGUUCGCCUGACGACAAAUGCUUCGGUGUUUACCAAUCUUGCCUGGCAGAUCAAGGCAUAUAUGUUUCUCGGGAUCGCUGGUGACUCGAACAUGGGCACACACGUUAUGCUGAGUCGAUUGCCACCGACACUCCCGCCGCCCUCAAUCUACUUCAGGAACUCGAAUGAACGUGUGCAAUGGAGCCAACGGUCCACACGCUAUUUGAGCCUGUGACAGGCACCUGGCAAUACAUUGUCGCGGACGAAGCGACAAAGGACGCCGUCAUCAUCGACUCUGUUCUCGACUAUGAUAAAGAGACAGGCAAGGUGUCGACGCGGUCGGCCGACCAGAUUCUCGACCUGGUGGCCACGCAGGGAUACACGGUCUCCAAGAUCCUCGAGACUCACGCCCACGCCGACCACCUCACCGCCUCUCGGUAUCUCCAGAGCGUUCUUGCGGAGAGGCAGCAAAAGACCAUUCGUCCCCAGGUGUGCAUCGGCCAGCGCAUCCGACAGGUUCAGGACACCAUGUCCAAGAUAUACGGCGUGCCUCAAUCGGAGCUGGCCGAUGCGUUUGACCACACCUUCUCCGACAAUGAGACCUUCCAGAUCGGGUCCAUCGAGGCCCGUGUGAUGCACCUCCCCGGCCACACGCCCGACCACCUGGGCUACGUCGUCGGAUCCAACGUCUUCACGGGGGACUCCAUCUUCAACCCGGACAUCGGUUCGGCGCGCUGCGACUUCCCCGGAGGGUCCGCCACCGACCUCUACCGGUCGAUGCAGACGCUGCUGUCCCUCCCGGGCCAUUUCAAGCUGUACACAGGCCACGACUAUCCGCCCGACAGCCGCGACGUCCCUGUCGGGCAGAACGCGGCCGGGAGCAAGGCCGUGCCGUUCACGAGCGUGGCAACCCAGGCCCGGGAGAACAGGCACGUCAAGCUGGGCACGCGGAUGGACGACUUUGUCUCGUGGAGGGCCGAGAGGGACGCCGGCCUCGCGCCCCCGAAACUACUCGCUCAGGCCAUGCAGGCCAACGUCCGCGGCGGGCGCCUGCCCGCCGAGACCUCGGACGGCUUCAAGCUGACAGAGGUCCCAGACGGGGUGGUCAGAGUGGGUCAGACCGCACGACUGAUGCUGUAGAAAAACAGAGGAAAAGGAGGAUGAAUCCUGGCUUGCGUUAAUCUAGUGUUCCACGUGGUUAAUGAAGGGGUGGGAGAUUUUGGUGCCUCUCUUUGGAGGAACGUGACCUGCUAUUAUUCGAGAUUGGAGGACCAUCGCUUGAAAAGCUCUUUUUAGGAUAAGCUGGCGCUGGUGUACUGGUAAUGCUUCGGCGGCGAGUGCGAGGGUUUCGCAACACCCACGUCCAUGGAUGCUUGGUUCAUCACUGUUUAUAGUGCAGCAGCAAAAGUAAUUACUCGGGAUUCGUUCUCC